AUGGAUCCUGGGCAGCCUCAAACGCAGCAGCCGCCGCAGGCAGCGCAGCCCCCGGCCUCGCAGCAGCAGCAGCCGCCGCCGCAGCCCCCUGGCCCGGUGUCGGGGGCCCCGGCCGGCGCGGCGCAGCCCCCGGGUGCGGGGCCCCCUCCGGCGGGGCACCAGAUCGUCCAUGUGCGGGGCGACUCGGAGACCGACUUGGAGGCGCUGUUUAACGCAGUGAUGAACCCCAAGGGCGCCAACGUGCCACACACGCUGCCCAUGCGACUGCGGAAACUGCCCGACUCCUUCUUCAAGCCGCCCGAGCCCAAGGCCCACUCCCGCCAGGCCAGCACUGAUGCCGGGACAGCAGGAGCCCUGACCCCACAGCAUGUCCGGGCUCAUUCCUCUCCAGCAUCACUGCAGCUGGGAGCUGUUUCUCCAGGGACACUUACACCCUCUGGAGUAGUGACUGGACCUGGAGCUCCAUCUUCUCAACACCUCCGCCAGUCUUCUUUUGAGAUCCCUGAUGAUGUACCUUUGCCACCAGGUUGGGAGAUGGCUAAGACACCAUCUGGACAGAGAUACUUUCUUAAUCACAUUGAUCAAACAACAACAUGGCAAGAUCCUAGGAAGGCUAUGCUUUCCCAGAUGAAUGUUACAGCUCCCACCAGUCCUUCUGUGCAGCAGAACAUCAUGAACUCGGCAUCAGGCCCACUCCCCGAUGGAUGGGAACAAGCUAUGACCCAGGAUGGAGAAAUUUACUACAUAAACCAUAAGAACAAGACCACAUCUUGGCUAGACCCAAGGCUUGACCCACGCUUUGCCAUGAAUCAGCGAAUCAGCCAAAGUGCUCCAGUCAAACAGCCACCUCCUCUGGCUCCUCAGAGUCCCCAGGGUGGUGUGAUGGGAGGGAGUAGCUCCAAUCAGCAGCAACAGAUGAGACUUCAGCAGCUACAGAUGGAGAAAGAAAGGCUGAGACUGAAGCAUCAAGAACUGCUUCGGCAGGUGAGGCCACAGGCAUUGCGGAAUAUCAAUCCCAGCACAGCAAAUUCUCCAAAACAUCAGGAAUUGGCUCUCCGUAGCCAGCUUCCAACAAUGGAACAAGACGGUGGAUCUCAAAACCCUGUGUCAUCUCCUGGAAUGUCUCAGGAACUGAGAACAAUGACUACAAAUAGUUCUGAUCCCUUUCUUAACAGUGGAACAUAUCACUCCAGAGAUGAAAGCACAGAUAGUGGACUUAGCAUGAGCAGUUACAGUGUACCCAGAACCCCAGAUGACUUCCUGAACAGUGUUGAUGAAAUGGAUACAGGUGACAGUAUCGGCCAAAGUAACAUACCAUCCCAUCAGAACCGUUUCCCAGACUACCUUGAAGCCAUUCCAGGGACAAAUGUGGACCUUGGGACACUGGAAGGAGAUGGAAUGAAUAUAGAAGGAGAAGAACUGAUGCCAAGUCUGCAAGAGGCUUUGAGCUCUGACAUCCUUAAUGACAUGGAAUCUGUCUUGGCAGCCACCAAGCUAGAUAAAGAGAGUUUUCUUACUUGGUUAUAGGGGCCUCAGGGAGACUGAAUUCUAAAUCUGUGAAGGAUCUAAGGAGAUUAGGACAUCUGUAUCUGAAGUUCAGAACAAGCCAGUGUGGUGCACUUUGGCUUGUGUUCAGAAAAAGUAAAUGAACAAAUACUCAGCAAGUUUGUUUGGGUUUGC